AACGCCAUUUUUAUUAAAAGUGAAUGCGGUAAUUGGACUGCUCCGUGAUUAUUUGUCAAAAAAUCCGUGAAAAUUCAACAAUUUAAAGCUCCUAACCGUGAAAAUUGUCGCACUAAACACCCGUAGAUCACUGCAAAAACACAAAAAUGACUGGAAUUGCUGUUGCACGACUCGGCGAGGAACGUAAAGCUUGGCGCAAAGACCAUCCAUUCGCUUUCGUUGCGCGCCCCGUCAAAAACACAGAUGGCACCCUCAAUUUAAUGACAUGGGAAUGCGCGAUUCCCGGAAAAAAAGGCACUCCAUGGGAAGGCGGUUUGUACAAAUUACGCAUGAUUUUCAAAGACGACUACCCCACGAGUCCGCCAAAGUGCAAAUUUGAGCCGCCACUUUUCCAUCCGAACGUUUAUCCGUCGGGCACGGUCUGCCUUUCGCUGUUGGACGAGGAGAAAGAUUGGCGUCCCGCGAUUACGAUCAAACAAAUUCUCCUCGGUAUCCAGGAUUUGCUGAACGAACCGAAUAUUAAAGAUCCCGCACAAGCCGAAGCCUACACAAUUUACUGUCAAAAUCGCUUGGAAUACGAGAAACGAGUACGGGCACAAGCUCGCGCCAUGGCAGCUACGGAAUAAUUGCAGACGGACUCUAAAAACUUACUUGCUAAUGAUUAAGCCUAUAAUUCGCUAUAAAUUAAAAUUAUCAUUAAAACAUUGUAAUCAUUUAAUUUUUCUAUAUAUUCGAACACAUACACAUACAUACACACACAUAUACACAGAAAAAAAAUCGUUAAAUAAGUGAGAAUCUUUGUAGAAGGUAAAAUUCUCAGUUUUUUUAGAAUUAAUGAUCAUAAUUGAAUAAAUGUACGAGCAUAAUUGGACAUUUCCAUUAA